AUGGGAAUUCCUCACGUAGAUGAAGAGAUCAUCAUUGACCCAACCUAUGGAGAUCGAUGGACUUAUGCACAAUAUUUUGAUUACGAUCUGCGUGGCCGUCCAUUGGGUUUCGUUCCAAAAAUAAAAAAGCCGAAUGAUUUCCAUUACCUAGCUCAAAUUGAUAAAACUGACACGGCUCUUUUUGUAGUUGGAGUGAUACUCGCAACAUUUGUGCUGCCUAUGGUAUGGAGCUACUUGUGUAUACUCAAAGUCUAUCUGUUCAAUCGAAUUCGUACCAGAUGGCAAAUGGAGCGUGAAAAGCGCGCUUGUGUGACACGGAAAAACUUUCUACAGCCGGAUGAUCCAGAUCAAUAUGCAGCAAUUUUUUGCCGGUCUCUUUUCAACAGGUUAGAUGCAGCUACGUCCGGGAAGCAAAUACCAAAAGACCUGGCUGAUUAUGAAGCUAUUCGAUUCGCCGUACAUCAACCCAAAUGGCUUGUAAAUAAAAUGCAGGAAGCCUUGCAGAAGGCAGAGCAUGGCUACACAAUAAAUGAAGUCGUUAGUGGAGAGCUGGACGAUAUGUUGAAACUGGCUUUGAAACAGAAGUGUAUCAAAACUCGAAAACCUUUGUCAUUACCUGGGAAGUUGAUGGCUCGGUAUAUGCUGGCUAAAGGUGAAAGUCGAAGUCAGAAAGAUAGCAGACUGACGCCAGAAAUGUUGUUGCUCCUCGGUUGGCAGCGGCUGUACAGACGACACGUACAUGACGCGAAUGAAGAAAACUAUGCCUGGUGGCUAAGCCAGAUGAAAACACUGCCGCUGGAGUCACGUGAGGUACUUGAGCGCUUACAGACUAUCGUUGAUAAACAGCGAAAACACCGACGAUUUCUUGGGACGAAACACCUUGAAGAACUCGAUCCCAGUUCGACAGAUGGAUCGAGUUUGCCGCGGGAGGCUAAGAAGCCGGAAAUUAUAGAACCAACUAGAAAACGCCCCAAGCGAAGUACUCCAAAAAUUGAAAUAUCACCUCCGGAACUGCACAGAAAUGAACGGCUAAUCAGCGGAAAACAAGAUCCAGAAGAGGCAAUGAUGUUGCGGGAGAUCCUGGGUAUGGAACAUCUCAGGCAUAUACGGCUGAGGCGUGUGCGUCAAAGACGGUCUGGUGACAAAAAACGAACGCAAAACCAUUAA